AGGUUUGCAAUCCUUCCACUUGCUGGCAGUUGCAGAAGAUCUCCUUUUUAAGUGAAACGUACAUGCCACCCCUCCGAGGGCUGCGGCUUCCCUGGGCUGCUUCUUUGCUUCUCCCUUUUCCGGCCCUCGCGCUCACUCUUUAAUUUGUCCGCGCCCCUAAGUUUGCCAAGAGCUCGCUUUCGGCUGGGAGAAGGGUCCCGGCCAGGCGCCGCGGGCGGGGGCUGGGGACCUGGGAACCGCAAUCCAGAAGCAUCGUGGGCCAUGUAUAUUUCAUCAAACGGACUUUGGGUGCGUCGCGUCUCGCAGCCAUCAACGCUAUGUGCAGUGACAUUUCUGACUUGAGUGGAGGAAUGCGCGAAGGAAGCCCGGGCGAAAUUGGUACUAGAGGAUCUUCUUGGCGCCAAUGCUAAUUGUCCUGAUUUAUGUCCCUUCUGACUAAGCUCAACAUCUUCAUCUGAAAUAAAAUGAAAGCGGUGCCAAGCGGGAUAGAACCGCCUGGCCGCUGGUUCUGAUCCCUGGGAAUUAGGAAAUCGUCCUGCAGCUUAAAAAAAAAAAGAAAGAAAUAGAAAUAGAAAAAAGAAAAAAAAAUCCCUCAGUAAAAGUUUAAGGCGAGAAGUGGCAGAGGCAGCGGCGCGAGGAGGCGCGGAGAGCCGGCGAGCGGAGAACUGGGCUGGCAAGACCUCCGAAGGCUGCGAUUUCAUUAUUAAUAUCACUAUAUUUUUGGAGGGAGAGGCACCUUUCUCAUCCUCUCUUCCUCUCCGCCCACCCCUUCUCCCUCCCCCUCAUCUACCUGUCAAAGUCACUGAUCUUUUGCAUUUCGGAAGAGGACGUCAACGGGAAGGAAUUCCCCCUCUUGGUGCGGGCUCCAAGAGGGGGAGACGCGCUGGAGGCUCCCCACCGGGGCGCGAGGCGAAGGGUGUUGGUGCCAGAAGAAAAGGAUGAUUGAUGGGAAACAGACACCGGAUGACAGACGCACAUCCUUUUGCUUCCGAUACUGAUAUCUCAGCGGCGCCUGGGCAGCCCUUGUGAACCGUGAGCAUUGAGGAUCACUCAGGGUUAUCGGAUGUACAAUGGGAGAGCCAUCACUUUGCUAAAUUAUUAUCUGCUAUUGGACAUCUUUUACAAAAACCAAACUCGAUAUGUUCUAGGACGACGAAAAUGCUCCAAGUUGCUGUUAAUGCCUAACACACAAGUAUGUUAGGCUUCCACCAAAGUCCUCAAUAUACCUGAACGCGCACAGUAUCUUAAUCCUUCACAUCUGAUUUUGGAUUCUGUUUUUGAGGUCUGAUCCUCUUUUUUCUUUUCUUUUCUUUUCUUUCUUUUUAAAAAUAUACAGACCUAUCUACAUAAAGACAUAUAUAUAUAUAUAUCUAUAUAUAUACACAAAUAUAAAUAUAUAUAAACAAAUGUAUAUGUAAAAUAGACAAAGAUUACAGAUAAAUCACGAAGAUUGCAAAGAAUUUAGAGAUGUAUUUGUCAAGAUUCCUGUCCAUUCAUGCCCUUUGGGUUACAGUGUCUUCAGUGAUGCAGCCCUACCCUUUGGUGUGGGGACAUUAUGAUGUGUGUAAGACUCAGAUUUACACAGAAGAAGGUAAAGUUUGGGAUUACAUGGCCUGUCAACCAGAAUCCACGGACAUGACAAAAUACCUGAAAGUGAAACUGGAUCCUCCGGAUAUUACCUGUGGAGACCCUCCUGAGUCCUUCUGUGCAAUGGGCAAUCCCUACAUGUGCAAUAAUGAGUGCGAUGCAAGCACCCCUGAGCUGGCACACCCUCCUGAGCUGAUGUUUGACUUUGAAGGAAGACACCCCUCCACAUUUUGGCAGUCUGCUACUUGGAAAGAGUACCCCAAGCCUCUCCAAGUUAACAUCACUCUGUCUUGGAGUAAAACCAUUGAGCUCACAGACAACAUAGUUAUUACCUUUGAAUCGGGGCGUCCAGAUCAAAUGAUCCUGGAGAAAUCUCUCGACUAUGGACGCACAUGGCAACCCUAUCAGUACUAUGCCACAGACUGCUUGGAUGCUUUUCACAUGGACCCCAAAUCUGUGAAGGAUUUAUCACAACACACCGUCUUGGAAAUCAUUUGCACAGAAGAGUACUCCACGGGGUAUACAACGAAUAGCAAAAUAAUCCACUUCGAAAUCAAAGACAGGUUCGCAUUUUUUGCUGGACCUCGGCUACGGAAUAUGGCUUCCCUCUACGGACAGCUGGAUACCACCAAGAAACUCAGAGAUUUCUUCACAGUCACAGACCUGAGGAUAAGGCUGCUGAGGCCAGCUGUUGGGGAAAUAUUUGUAGAUGAGCUACACCUGGCACGCUACUUUUACGCCAUCUCAGACAUAAAGGUGCGAGGAAGGUGCAAGUGUAAUCUCCAUGCCACUGUGUGUGUGUAUGACAACAGCAAACUGACAUGUGAAUGUGAGCACAACACUACAGGUCCAGACUGUGGGAAAUGCAAGAAGAAUUAUCAGGGCCGACCUUGGAGUCCAGGCUCGUAUCUCCCCAUCCCCAAAGGCACUGCAAAUACCUGUAUUCCCAGUAUUUCCAGUAUUGGUAAUCCUCCAAAGUUUAAUAGGAUUUGGCCGAAUAUUUCUUCCCUUGAGGUUUCUAAUCCAAAACAAGUUGCUCCCAAAUUAGCUUUGUCAACAGUUUCUUCUGUUCAAGUUGCAAACCACAAGAGAGACUGCGAAUGCUUCGGCCACUCCAAUCGAUGCAGUUAUAUCGAUCUGCUAAAUACAGUCAUUUGCGUGAGCUGUAAACACAACACUAGAGGGCAGCACUGUGAGUUAUGCAGGCUGGGCUACUUCAGAAAUGCUUCUGCACAGCUGGACGAUGAGAAUGUGUGCAUAGAGUGUUAUUGUAACCCUUUGGGCUCAAUCCAUGAUCGUUGUAAUGGCUCAGGAUUUUGUGAGUGUAAGACUGGAACGACAGGGCCUAAGUGUGAUGAGUGUCUGCCGGGAAAUUCCUGGCACUACGGCUGUCAACCGAAUGUCUGCGACAAUGAGCUCCUGCACUGCCAGAACGGGGGGACGUGCCACAACAACGUGCGCUGCCUGUGCCCGGCUGCAUACACUGGCAUCCUCUGCGAGAAGCUGCGGUGUGAAGAGGCGGGCAGCUGCGGCUCCGACUCCAGCCAGGGGGCGCCCCCGCAGGGUUCCCUAGCACUGCUGCUGCUGCUGCUGCUGCUGACCGCGCUGCUGGGAACAGCCAGCCCCCUGCUGUUCUAGAUGUCGCCUCCAGCCACCGGACAGGCCUGUGCCCUGGGGAAGCAAACACAACCCAAGCGAAGCAUUUGCUACUAACAUAGGAAAUAUAAACACACCCCCCAUUCAAAAACACAGCGUACAAACUAAGAAGGCCUAACUGAACUAAGCCAUAUUUCUCAGACGUGGACAGCACAUCGGAGUCAAGACUGUUCAUUUGUGACUCCAGAGGAGUUGGCAGCUGUUGAUAUUAUCACUGCAAAUCACAUCGCCAGCUGCAAAGCUUACUGCGGAUUGGAAAGGCUGUGACAGCCCCCCCCACCCCAACAGGAAAGACAAAAAAAAAAAAAAAAAAACUAAAAACAUUUGCUACUCUAACGUGGUGCGCCCUCGUACCGCUCUGCCCAGUGUGUGGACCAACCAAAUAGAAGCAUUCUUUGCUGUCAGGUGCAUUGUGGGUAUAAGGAAAUCUGUUACAAGCUGCCAUAUUGGCCUGCUUCAGUCCCUGAAUCCCUUCCAACCUGUGCUUUAGUGAACGUUGCUCUGUAACCCUUGUUGGUUGAAAGAUUUCUUUGUCUGAUGUUAGUGACGCACACGUGUAACAGCCCCCUCCAGAAGCGCAAGCCAGUCAUACCCCUGUAUAUCUUAGCAGCACUGAGUCACCCAGUGCGAGCUCAUACCCACUACACAAGAGUGGCUAUAGGAGAAAAGAAAGUGUAUCUAUCCUUUUGUAUUCAAAUGAAGUUAUUUUUCUUGAAAUACUGUAAUAUGUAGAUUUUUUGUAUUAUUGCCGAUUUGUGUUACCAGACAAUCUGUUAAUGUAUCUGAUUCGAAUCAGCAAAGACUGACAUUUUAUUUUGUCCUCUUUCGUUCUGUUUUGUUUCAUUGUGCAGAGAUUUCUCUGUAAGGGCAACGAACGUGCUGGCAUCAAAGAAUAUCCGUUUACAUAUAUAACAAGUGUAAUAAGAUUCCACCAAAGGACAUUCUAAAUGUUUUCUUGUUGCUUUAACACUGGAAGAUUUAAAGAAUAAAAAUUCCUGCAUAAACAAUUUCAGGAAUUUGUAUUGCGAUUUCUUAAGAUGAAAGGAACAGCCGCCAAGCAGUUUCACACUCACUUUUACUGAUAUCUGUGUGGACUGAGCACAUUCAACUGAUGAAUUUAAUACCCAGGAAGAUGGAUUGAUAUUCACUAGCCUGGACAACUUCUACAAAAUAUGAGACUAUUGCCACUUGGGAAAAAAAUUAUAACAGCAAAAAAAAAAAAAAAAGUAAAUAAAUAAAUAAAUAGAAAAGAAAGAAAAAUAUCUGAUUGCCAAGAUUAUGCCAAAGCCUGUUGGCAGAGUACUGAGAGACUUUUAUUUUUGAGUCAUGCUAUUUUCAGAUUGAUGGUGAUCAUGUGACUCAAGGGAUGCUGAUCUAUGUAUCUUUCCAAAUAUAGUGUUUACAUGGAGUAUCAUAAGAGGCCACCUGGGGAACCAGGACAGUAGCAGGGAAAUUGAGUGAUUAGCAAUUUGACUUUGAAUAUAUUCAGACUAAGUAUUUAAAUGAAAUAUCAAAAUAUACAGCAGCAACUAGACAUAACUGCUGUUUCUGAGAAUAAAGUUUGCUUUAAGUACCACCCAAGGUGUAAUAAAUUCUUGUUUCUGCCUUUUAUUAGGCCAAUUACUGUGCAAGACAGCAAGUAGAGGCAGGUGGGGAAGAACCUCUGCAAAGGUUCGAAGAGGCUCAAACAGUGCAGAUUCCAUUCAUGGCACACUGUUGUCCUGCGGGUUUCAGAUGUGUUAGCAGCAGCACCUCCUGGAAUCAAAAACAAUUAUCAGCCCUGAGUCUAGAGGACAAUGAAGUCCUACAUGACUUGGUAGAGCAAUAACCUUCGGCAGUGUUAGGUCCAGUCUUGAUUCUUAACUCUGCUGCCACUCCUUGCGAAACAGGGAACGUUUUUCUGAUAAAUAACCUGAGUCAAAACUAGAUGAAGGAACAGCAUGUCUUAUUGGUUUUGUUCCCAGAAAAGCCAAUUCGAAAAAGGCAAUAAAAGGUAAACAGGUAAUGCCUGUCCUGCCUGCCACCCCAUGUCUAAGUCGAUUGAAUGUUUGUUAUUCAAACCAACAGUCUCUUUUGAUAGAAGAAAUAAGAAAAGAUGGAAAUAAAUUAGAGCUUUGGCUUAGUGCCAGAGUGGCCAACCAGAAAUUGGAGAUUUACAUUAGAAGCAUAAACAGAAAAUUAUAUUUCAGGCUCACCAAAGAAUACACAUGAAAAUUCUGCUAGCAUACAGAGUUUGAGAUUACUUAUAAUGAGGUGGAUUUCUAAUAUUAAAAUUGGAAUUUAAGUUGUCUUAUACUUUAUUAGCACAAACCAAAGGCAGACUGUGUUAUUUCUGGCAAUGAUGCACUUUAUCAUUAUCCACUGAUGGCUUUGUCACAAUGCUCAGGAAUCAGACACUGCACAAUUCAAUAUGUAGGAUUCCAAAAGCUAAUUCUAAAAUUUAAUGAAGGUCUGAUCUAAAUCAAUUCAUCUGCAUUUAUCUUUAUGAGAGUAUAAGAAUCUAAAUUGGUGAGGAAUAUCUUGUGUUCAGUGUAUUUAGAUGUAGUUUUCUGAAUAUCCUGAAGUGAUGUGAUCUGCCUUUAAUAAAAAUUUCACUUUUAGGUAUAUAACAAAUGGAAAUGGAAUGUUCUUUUUAAUCUGGAUUCCCAUGUUCUUUUGAAAAGCCCAUUUCUUUGAAGAAACCCCAACUUAGUGGAUUUUACUUAUCUGCUGCUUUCUAGCAUCCUUUCAAAUCUGUUUUCAUCUACAGUUUUAUGUCCCAAGAACAAGGUUGGGAUAGAGAGAGGAUACAGAGUUUUCCCUCCAUCUUAUAUCCUAGUUCUUGCUGUUUCUACUUGGAUAGGUACAUAGUGGUGGGAUAAUAUAGUUUUGCGUAUGAGUUCAUCUGUUAACAGUUUCACAUAGUGAAAAUAUGAUUCUAUCAGUAGUACUGAUGAAUAUAAAAUUUCAAAAAAAUGGGACAAAGGUUCAGCUAUAUAGAAAGUAUUGCUAUUUAUAGAAAAAAUAACGAAUCUUCCCUGCUGUGAUAUGGUAAUGAUUCAUAUCAGACCCUGUACAUGGCCGUAGGGAGAACCCAAGUUUGCUAAGUCCUGGCAAAGAGGGACCCUUGCUUAGAGGAGCCCAGACUCACCUUCCUCAAGCUUUGUCCAGGUCACUUGCCUACCCAGGUAUCCUCCAUCCACUUUUUGGGCAUUGUGAGCUUCUUCUGGAGGUCCACGCUCCUAAAAGUAGGCAGCAUCAUGAUUGCACACCCUGGACGUGAGGGGUGGCAAAAUGUCGUUUCGUACCCAGGCCUGGAGUAUUCCCUGAGGAAUGCACAUGUGACCAAGGAGAAACCCUCUUCAAGUGAAACCCAGAGCACCAGAACAUGGGCCUGGAAGAGGCAGGGUUGAGGUGUGGAGGGGAGAUAUUGAUCUUUGAGCGGUGUAAGGAUUCUAAACCUAUUUCUGGGCUUUCAACAGCAAUGAAAACAUACGUGUCAAAGUAGCCAAAUUGGAUAUUUUAUUCAUAAGCACUCUGUUAGCUUAAUGUUUAAUUUCCAAAUAUUUAGGCACAUGACAAGUGGGCCUCCAUUAAUACUUUGGCCCUGGGCUCUGUAAAUGUUUGGGGUGGAUCUGCCCAAGGUGUCCUCGAGUUGGAUCCCUAAAAUGGCACCAGACAUUGGCCCAGGUAAUACAGAGAAGGGUACUGGCUGGAAGAAGGGCACUGACCACACCCAACUCUCCCUGCCAUUUGUGCUCUGCCUCACCCUGUCUUGCUUGAAUCUCUGAGUUUAAAUACUUUCAGAUGAACUAGGGGCAGAUGUGAGGAAAUCCUGAAAUUAAAUCUUUUGUUCCUUCUCCUUCACUCUCCACCAUCAAUAACUCAGCGACAUUGGGAUGUGAAGACUUAGCAUUCUGAAAUGGGAUGCUCUGUGCUAUGUGGAAAAUGGGUUGUUGUACUUUACUGUUGUUAAUCACCAAAUAAAAUAUCUAUUUAACAGUU